CGACAGUUUCAAAACAGUAAUACUAGAAGACCUAGGAAAGAUAUUUCCACUUUUUUGAAUACCUGAAGGAGUCACUAAAAUUCUGGGAAAGAGGUCUUCAUUACUUCGAAACAGAAUCUAAAUAUUGACAAGAUUAUUUUAGUAUUAUGGAGCUCGAUAAAUCUAUAUUGUUGCAAAAGCAAGUACGAGAUAAUGCUUCGGAUCUUCAGAGUGAAUACCUUGACAUGAAAAACUGGGAGGAACAGAUGAAGCGUAGGGAUGCGGAGCUCAAAUAUGCUGCUGGAGAUCAGGUUCUUCCGCCAAUAAGAUCCAGGAAAAAUACUGCUAACAAACAAGCUGUACCAAAGAUUAAACAGAUUGAAGAAAAACCGAACCGAAUAAGAUCUUCAGAUUAUGCAUCAUGGGAAAAAUUUGAUGUGGACAAAGCCUGUGCACAAUUGGAUGAACAGGAAGAGCGUGAAUCAUCAGAUGAGGAGUUGCCUAAAGAAGAAUUAGAGAAAAAUCAUAAUGAGGCAUUGAAACAUAAAGAUAAGGGGAAUAUUUUCGUAAAACAGGGAAAAUGGAGCCAGGCAGUUGAAUGUUACAAUGAAGCAAUCAAGGUAUUCCCUUACGAUGCUGUAUUCUAUGCAAAUCGUGCACUGUGCUAUCUAAAAAUGGACAAUCUGUAUUCGGCAGAAGCAGAUUGCACAACAGCUAUUCAACUUGAUGAGCAUUAUGUAAAAGCAUACCAUAGACGAGCUACCGCCAGAAAAGAACUCAAGCAAUAUAAAGAAGCCCUGCAAGAUCUAGAAAUGCUAUUAAAACUGGAUACUACAAACAAGGAUGCCACUAAAAUGCUACAGGAACUUGAACGAAAAAUUGAAAAGUCCAAGCCGGUAGUUGUAACACAGAAUGAUUUAGAUGAUGAUGUGUCGAUUGAAAAGAAAAUUGGUGAAAAACUGUGGGGCAGUCCAGCUAAGCCUCCGGUUUUACCCAAAAAAGAUCCAAUUAUUGAAAAACGAGUUCCUCGUUGGGAGUUGGGAGAAGGAGAGGAUGUAACUGUUGUACAACCGAUUAUAAAAGCACCUCAUCAACGUUCAAAGGAGCCAUUGCGAAGAAUAGAAAUUCAGGAGAAAAAAUUCAGUAAAAGUAAUACUCAAGACACCAUCCAAGAUGAAGUCGAGCUAUUGAUGAACAAGGCUCCUCCUGAAAAAAAAGCGAAAGAAAAUGAAGUUGAAUUAACAAAGAGUAAGCCUACAGAAUUACCGCCUGUGCCUAAAACUACGGUACAAUUUUUCAUGCAGUGGAAGAAAAAUGAAGAUCCAGAAUUUCGUUUCAACUAUCUCAAGCAAAUCCCCGUGGGCGUUAUUCAUGAAAUAUUACAAGAUUCGAUGGAGCCAGACAUUUUUAGUGAGAUAUUAACAAUUCUGUACACUGAGUUUAUAAGCAGAAAAGAACCCGUAUUUCGAUAUCUGGAAGACUUGGCACAAGUAAAAAGAUUCGGCGUUCUUACAAUGUUGAUGUCUACUUCCGAUAAGAAUGCAUUGAUGGGCAUUUUCAAGUACUGUAAGACUUCUGAAAAUAGAUCGUCAGAAGAAAUUGCAUCCCUACAAAGAAAGUAUGAAAUAUAAAAAGCAUGCCACACAUCUAACUUAACAUCAAGAUGUAAUAUUCAGGGUUUGCUAGAUGUGAAGCUAAAACGAAAAUUAUUCACUCUGGAAUCUAACCUGGCAAAUACUAAGACUGCUUUUACAGAAA